AUGGCGUCGGUCCAGCCCAACCAGACGGUGUACAUCAACAACCUCAACGAGAAGAUCAAGAAGGACGCCCUGAAGAAGUCGAUCUACUCCGUCUUCUCGCAGUUCGGCAAGAUCCUCGACGUCGUCUGCUGCCGGGGCCUGAAGCUGCGGGGCCAGGCCUGGGUCGUCUUCGCCGACGUCGGCGCGGCGACGAACGCGUUGCGCCAGAUGCAGGGCUUCCCCUUCUUCGACAAGCCCAUGCGCAUCGCGUUCGCGAAAGCGAAGAGCGACGUCGUCUCCAAGGCCGACGGUAGCUUCGUCGCGCGCGAGAAGCGGAAGCGCGAGGCGCCGCCGCCCAAGGCCCCGCCGGCGACGGAGGCCCUGGAGGCGCCCAAGCCCGCCAAGGCGGCCAAGGCCGACAAGAACGCGACGCCGUCGAACGUGUUGUUCGCGCAGGACCUGCCCGACGACUGCAACGACAUGAUGCUCUCGAUCCUCUUCCAGCAGUACGGCGGCUUCAAGGAGGUCCGCAUGGUGCCGGGCAAGAAGGGCAUCGCCUUCGUCGAGUUCGCCGACGAGACCCAGGCGUCCCUCGCGCUCCAGGGCCUCGACAACUUCAAACUCACGCCGACGGACACGCUCGCGCUCUCCUUCGCCAAGCGCUGA